AACAGCUGCUCAGCCCUCAAGAGCUACAAGACGAAGACACUGGUGGCAUUUGAGACAGCGAUGGAGAAUGUUAGUUGUUAUGUUAGGAGUGUUUGAGAUAAACCCAGAGCACAAGUUCUACCAUCUGACAGCCAUGAUAAAAGAAGGCAUGAACACCUCCAUUCAGACCAGUAUGGACACACCAAUCCAGGAAACACUCACAGCUGAACACUUCAAGGCAGAGGAGACUCAAAGCCAUGAGGGGUUUGAGAUGCAGACGUUUGCACCUCAAGUUUUUGCUAAACUGAGGCGUUCACUGGACAUCACUGAGGAGGAAUAUAGGAACUCCCUCUGCUCGGAUGGUGACUACCUCCAGUUUGUUAGCAACUCCAAGAGCAAGGCAGAUUUCUUUAUCACGAAUGACAAGAGGUUCUUCUUAAAGACCCAGAGCAGACGUGAAGUCAGCUUUCUCCUGUCCAAUCUGCAGGCUUACAUGGACCACUUGGAGAAAUACCCUCAUUCACUGAUGGUGAGGUUUCUAGGUAAGAGUAACAGCGACAAACACAAUUUUGAAAGUACCCAUCCAAAAAAAUAUUUGCAGUGUACCUCACGACUCAGCCCAUCACAGCUGGGAUCUGCUGUAGCCCCCUGUGACCCUCUAAAGGGUAAGCAGUUAUAGAUAAUGAAUGAUUUAAUGAAUGAGUCUGAACAUUAAAUAUCUUGUCAAUUACAUUUCGGUCCACCACCUCAGCACCAGACAGCACCAUGGAUUUAUCAAUACACAGCACAGUUAGAGUACAGAUAUUUCAGUGUCAUGGUCGAGACAAUUGAUUCUAACAUACAUAAACCUCAGUCAGAUAAAAGAUCAGCGAGUCAGAUAGACUAGACCAACAUGUUCACCC